AUGUCUCGAAGAAGUCCUGAGGGCACGCCCCCAACGUCGAUAGCGACUACCUUGAUCGCGGGAGGAGGAGCAGGAAUGAGCGAAGUGCUCGUUUGCCAUCCAUUAGAUACCAUCAAAGUACGCAUGCAACUGUCACGACGUGCAAAUCGUUUCGGGCCACCGCCGCAAGGAGUAGUCGGCACUGCAGUCGGAAUCGUCAGAAAUGAAGGCUUUUUCGGUCUCUAUAAUGGCUUAGGAGCAGUCAUUGGGGGGAUAAUUCCCAAAAUGGCUAUACGUUUCACAUCCUAUGAGUACUACAAGCGACUUCUUACCGACAAGGAUACAAUGAAAAUAUCACGAAACGGGACUUUUCUCGCUGGCCUAGCCGCAGGUAUAACAGAAGCAGUCACCGUCGUCAACGCCGUCGAAGUGAUCAAAAUCCGCCUUCAAGCCUUACACAAAGCUCCCAACGGCGCUCUAGUCCCAAAAUACAAAGGUACAUCAGAGGCAAUAUCAACAUUAAUUCGCACAGAGGGCAUUAGCUUUCUCUGGCGCGGCGUCACUCUAACAGCUUUGCGCCAGGGGACAAAUCAAGCUGCCAAUUUCACCGUAUAUACGGAGCUGAAGACAGGGCUGCAAAAGUGGCAACAACAAAAUCACCACAACAUACAUAAUAAACUUGAGGCAAAAGAGUUACCGUCAUAUCAGACCACGAUCAUUGGCCUUAUAUCCGGCGCCGUUGGUCCAUUCUUCAACGCGCCCAUUGAUACUAUCAAGACUAGGAUACAGCAGGCCCCAGUCAUUCCUGGAAAGAGUAGUUUAUCGCAUAUCAUGACCAUUACGACGGAUAUGUUACGCAACGAAGGGGCUCGAUCCUUUUAUAAGGGUAUUACACCUCGUGUUAUGCGGGUUGCGCCUGGUCAGGCUGUUACCUUCACAGUUUAUGAGUUUUUGAAAGGGAGGAUUGAGGAUUUUUAUGUUUUGCGAAGGGAAGUUAUACGUCAGACUAUGUAG